UGCAAUUAGCAAAACACAAGCGCAUAGAUUAAAAAAAUCGUCAGUCACUGUGUCAAGCACUCGAAGCCAACGGGGAAAAAACGCCCAAGCCUAGUUUACAGGGACGCAGAUUCAGAAAGCGAAGGAAAGAGGAAGCAGAGAAAUCAUGAUCUCUCAGUUCUUUGUGCUCUCGCAGCGGGGCGAUAGUAUUGUCUUUCGCGACUAUCGCGGUGAAGUGCCAAAAGGAAGUGCAGAAAUAUUUUUCCGUAAAGUUAAAUUUUGGAAGGAGGAUGGACAAGAAGAGGCGCCUCCUGUCUUUAAUGUGGAUGGGGUGAAUUACUUUCACGUAAAGGUUGUUGGAUUAUUUUUUGUUGCAACCUCAAGAGUUAAUGUGUCACCUUCUCUGGUCUUGGAACUCUUACAAAGGGUUGCACGCGUUAUCAAAGAUUACCUUGGGAUUCUCAACGAAGAUUCCUUGCGGAAAAACUUUGUGCUUGUGUAUGAAUUGCUUGACGAAGUGAUAGAUUUUGGUUAUGUACAAACAACAUCCACUGAGUUGUUGAAGUCCUAUGUUUUCAAUGAGCCAAUUGUCAUUGAUGCUGGCCGUUUGCAGCCUCUGAACCCUGCUACUAUUUUUACGCAAGGGACAAAAAGAAUGCCAGGCAUGGCUGUUACAAAAUCUGUGGUGGCUAAUGAGCCUGGAGGUAGGAAGAGGGAGGAAAUAUUUGUGGAUAUAAUUGAGAAAAUCAGUGUCACAUUCAGCUCUAGUGGUUAUAUAUUGACAUCUGAAAUUGAUGGCACCAUUCAAAUGAAGUGUUAUCUGACUGGAAAUCCUGAAAUUCGGUUAGCCCUUAAUGAAGACCUGAGCAUAGGAGGAGGCAGUGGAAGAUCAGUCUAUGAUUCUAGAAGUUCAUUUGGGUCAGGAGCAGUGAUGCUUGAUGAUUGUAAUUUCCAUGAAUCUGUACGUCUUGAUAAUUUUGAUCUGGAUAGAACAUUGACUUUGGUACCCCCAGAUGGUGAAUUUCCUGUCAUGAACUAUCGUUUGACCCAGGAAUUCAAGCCUCCUUUCCGCAUUAAUACUUUGAUUGAGGAAGCAGGAGCACUCAAGGCUGAGGUGAUUCUUAAAAUAUCAGCCGAGUUUCCCUCAAGCAUUACUGCAAACGCAGUUUCUGUACAGAUGCCAUUGCCAAAAUAUACUACCAGAGCUACUUUUGAGUUGGAACCUGGAGCAAUUGGGCAAACAACAGAUUUCAAGGAAGCAAAUAAAAGACUUGAAUGGGGACUAAAUAAGAUUGUUGGUGGAUCUGAACAUACAUUACGCGCAAAGCUGGCAUUUUCUCGGGAAUUGCAUGGGAAUAUCACAAAGGAGGCUGGGCCAGUUAGCAUGACAUUCACAAUACCAAUGUACAAUGCUUCUAGGCUUCAGGUGAAAUACUUACAAAUAGCAAAGAAGUCUAAUACCUAUAACCCUUAUCGAUGGGUGAGAUAUGUCACUCAGGCAAAUUCUUAUGUUGCUCGAUUAUGAAGACAGUAGCGAUCCAUUAGCCUUUUCAUUCAUCCUGAUUUUUUAUUGUUAUUAUUUUUCUUUAUUCAAUAUUCUAUUGAUCCUUGACAAUUACAAUAACUAUAUACCUGAAUUUGAGCUUUGUAUUAGCAGAGUAGCAGCUGUGUGUUUUGCCAGCCAUUCAGAAUCUUUUAAUGUUCAGUUCUAGAUAGUCAUUUGUUAA